CAUUCAUCCUCCAAUGCAAGCGUCUCGACUUCCACUACUGUGACUGGGCCGGCAGCAGUAAAGGCAUGAACUCCUUCCUGAAGCACACACUCCCCGCCUUCGCCGCCAACAACCCCAGCAUCGAAGUCUCCAUCUCCCCCCGUCCGGGCCGACACCCGGUUAUCAAAGGCCUAUACAUCAAUGGACGGGAAAAGGCGAUUUGCGUCCGCAACAUGGAGCCGAGCGAGAUCCUGAAGAAGGCGGAAUUGCUCAAGGUGGCAAGCGGCGAGAAACUGAGGAGAGAAAGGAAGCCGGUGAAGAGUUGGAACGAAAGUGUUAGAGGCGUGUGGAGUCCCUACCACGGACAUCAUCAUAGUGUUUGACCUGGCGACAUACAGGCGCGAUAUGUGCAUGGCGGCUGGCUUGGGUGGUGCAUAAGGCGGCGUUCCCUGGCAAUGCUAUAUACCCUGUACGCGGAGAGCGAUCGAUGGCACAUGCCAUGGGCCGUCACUUCAGUCUCGCGCUCUGUUGAUUCACAACCAAACGUCUGCGCGGCAUGAGAUAUAGAUGGUGACAGUUGUGGCGAGAAGGUAAGCCAUCGAUGUUGUGAUGACUCGCCGCACUUGCCGCAUAUUUGCAACGAAAACAUCCUUAGCGUCAGAACAGAGUCGGCUAGUAGCAGCUAACAUUGGAGGCUCGUUGCCAAAACCAAGCGCGCAUGUGAAACUUCGGCGUCGACAAUCGGUGCGCAUAACCUUGGUGGCAAACCAGGGAUGUUGUGGUCCGGCUGUUACUUCCCAUGGCACAUAUCAUCGCUAAACGUUACGGGCUAUCC